AAAAACAAAAUCUUCUUUGUCCUUGGCUAGCUAGAUCGUUGCUUUUGUACUAGCUAAUAUAAGCAUUUUUAUGCAAUUGCGUGGAACUUGUUCGACGCCUCAAAAUCUAAAAUGGCGAACAUAAUGAGAUGGUACCCUCUUUAAGGCCUAAGACGAGCGCGGGUGAGGUUGCAGACGAGGUGUGUUAGGCCAAGGUCAGAAUGACAACCAACAAAACGGCUGACCCCUGGGCCAGGACUGAGCAGCCCAGCAGCUAGGGAUUGCCUAAAUAGGUAUCUCCCCUGACGUGGUGAACCUGAAGAGUCAUCCCAGCUCAGACACGCUGGAAGAUAACAUGCCAAAUGGAACCAGAGAGUUACAGUCUGGUACUUCCUCUGCUAUGAGCUACAUUAUGGAUCCAUCUGCCAGAGACUGGAGCAAAGGCUCAUUGAGGGGUAGCAGUGCUCCCUUCUCCCCAGACACAGAUGGGGACGUUGAUGGAGACCCUGUGCAGCCCAGUGUGGACCUGGAACUCGCUCGUAAGAAGAAGGAGCUGGAGGUCAUAGAGGAGAAAAUAGCUCACAAGAAAGCUGUUCUUGCUACACGACAGCUUAAACACGGAGCUAAGGACAUGCCUAAAAAACAGACUGCAUCCACAACAGUGAAGGGCAUCGCUAAACAGACCAAGAUAAACAAUACAAUAUUCAAAACAUACAACCAGGUCACUGACAAGUCGUCACGCGAAUGCCUACCUCUUAAGCGGAGGGUGCUGGACAUUCUACGUAAGUUCAGGAGAACACCGGUACGUCACCUACUUCGUAAGACGAAGAAACAAAACAAGAUGCGAGCAUUGGAGCUGAUGAUUAGCGCUCCCCUAGAAAAUGAAGAGGCCCAUCCUCUGAGACUGAGAGUGAAGGUUUUAAUGAACCAGCGACGCUCUCCCAACAAUGAGGUGGUUCCUGAUGAUAAACAACAUAAUCCAACCAUUCAGAGGCCAGUUCACUCACUCAGGACACAGGAGAAAGACAUAGCAGCCACAGGCUUCCAGCGCUUCCUCAAUGUCCUCAAUGAAGGUGUGGACCUCAACAAGCUCUCAAAGAUCGUCAACGACGAAAAUGAGCUACUCAUUGUGGGCGAGGAGCUACCGCAAGUUUGGCCGACUCUGCCCGAGGGUCAUGUUGACUCCAGCAGUAGAUCCAAGUCUUCUCCAGUUGAGGAGAACAAGGUGAGGCUUGAGGAUGAGCAGCGGUACGAGCAGAUGCAGACCCUGCUGGAGAUCGUUGGGCUGGACUUGGGGGUUGAGGAGUUGGGUCGGCUGACAGACAGGACCAAUGACAGGCUGUAUGGAAAGAUGGGAGACUUGAAAAGGAAGGAGUUAGAGAAUGAGAAUGGAAAAGAGAAAAAGGAGAGCGAGCCCUCAUUUAAACAUCUUAGUACUUCCUCAUUACCAUCAGACAGCGCCAGCCCCCUUCUAAACCAGCACUCAAACAUGACCGUUGAAUACAGCAGCUCUAGUAACAGGGAAUGGGACAUAGAGAGGGACAGAUCUGAGAGGGACUGGCAUCGACACUCUGGUACCAGAGACAAGGACAGAGAGAGGGAGGAGGAUAUAGUCAGAGAAAUGGAGAGAUCUGAGAGAGAUGGGCACAGAGAGGACAGACCCAGAGAAGGGGACAGUCCUACGAGAGAGAGAUACAGGCAAAGAGGCUCUAGUACCAGAGACAAGGACAGAGUCAGAGAAAGGGACAGAUCUGAGAGAAACCGAAAGGGAGACGGGCACAGACACUCUAGUACCAGAGAGAGAGACAAGGACACACCGGUAGUCAGAGAAACAAACAGAUCAGAAAGGAACAGAGAUAAAGACGUGGACAGAGACCCAGAGAAGGACUGGGAUGGAGGCCGAGAGAGAUCCCGGGACAGAUCUAGGAGAGAUGGGGGCAGAUACAGAUCUGAGAGAGACUGGGACAGAGACCCAGAGAAAGGCAGGGACGGAGGCCGAGAGAAAGACCGGGACAGUGUGAGAGACCGGGACAAAUACAGAUCUGAGAGAGACAGAAACCAAGCGAUAGACAAGGAUAAUGAAAGGUGGCUGCAAAGGACCAAAGACGGAGACAAACGUUCUAGGACCAGUGACUGGGACAGCGAGAGCGACUGGAACAGCCACUGUAGUACUAGAGACUGGGACAGAGAGAGAUCUGAGAGGGAUAGGUAUGGGGAUGAGUCCAGGGAAAGCUCCAUUGAGCUCUACUCAUACUCCAUGGACCCUAUAUUCCCUGUUUCUCAUCCCCAUUCAUCUAUGAUGGCUACCUACUCUCCCACCCAGUACUCUCAGUUUAUGACGUACCACAGCAGCCCCUACACCAUGGCCUUCCCUCCGGGGUGGGGUUAUCCCCCUGGCACCAUGCCCCCUGGCACCAUGCCCCCUGGCACCAUGCCCCCUGGCACCAUGCCCCCUGGUAUUAUGCCCCCUGGUAUUAUGCCCCCUGGUAUUAUGCCCCCUGGUAUUAUGCCCCCUGGUAACAUGCCGCCUGGUAACAUGCUUCCUGGUGUUAUGCUCCCUGUUACCAUGCCACCUGGAAUCAUGCCAGCUGGUGCCAUGCUGCCUAUUAACAAGCCCCGCCUACCUAACCCCCCUGGGUAUCCACCCUACACCAACUUCCCCCCAUAUUACUCUAAUGGUACCACAGCCUUAAAACAGACAUACACCAAGCCUGCUAGCAACCUCCAGCUCUCAUCUACCCAGCCUGCUAGCAACCUCCAGCUCUCAUCUACCAAGCCUGCUAGCAACCUACAGCUCUCAUCUCCCCAGCCUGCAAGCAACCUCCAGCUCUCAUUUACCCAGCCUGCUAGCAACCUCCAGCUCUCAUUUACCCAGCCUGCUAGCAACCUCCAGCUCUCAUCUACCCAGCCUGCUAGCAACCUCCAGCUCACAUCUACCCAGCCUGCUAGCAACCUCCAGCUCUCAUCUACCCAGCCUGCUAGCAACCUCCAGCUCACAUCUACCCAGCCUGCUAGCAACCUCCAGCUCUCAUCUACCCAGCCUGCUAGCAACCUCCAGCUCACAUCUACCCAGCCUGCUAGCAACCUCCAGCUCUCAUCUACCCAGCCUGCUAGCAACCUCCAGCUCACAUCUACCCAGCCUGCCAGCACCUCAGCAGUCUUGCCCCUCCUACGUAACCCCCCCUAUAGUCACGAGAAACUAGCCCCCUGGUAUAAAGAAAAUAACAAAGCUCUGAAGCGAGUUUGCCGACAAAUGGAACGGAAAUGGCGCUCCACCAAUUUGGAAGUCUUCAGACUAGCUUGGAUGGACAGUAAACGCCAAUAUCGAAAAGUCCUCAAUGCCGCUCGAUUAGCCUACUUUUCCAAACAGAUUGAGGAGAAUAAAAACAAUCCAAAAUGUAUUUUUGAUACUAUUGACAAGCUAACUAAAAAGCAGCAUUCUCCAAGUGAGGAUGGCCUUCACUUCACCUAACCAGUUACAUCCUGCCUGGUUGGACCUGUCUGGGGGUAUCUUCGGACUGGGCCACAUUGUCUAAGCACUUGGUUCUGUCUAAGCCCUUUGUGACAUUUACUGAUGAAAAAGGGCUUUCUAAAUAAAUUCAUUUGAUUGGUUGGUCUUAACUCAGAGAUACACAUACACCCAGCCCUCUUGCAACUGCAAGGAAAAGAGACAGAAGCAUGCAGAAGUCGUAGCGAAAGUGAAAAGAAUAAACAUGGAAGAGACAGAAAUAUGCAGAAGAUGUAGUGAAAGUAUCCUGUCAGAUGGUGACAAAGAAGUCCCCCUCUGAACCAGGGUGAAUGAAGAAAGCAAAGGGGUAAACAAUAUAUUCUUCACAGGUAUUUUCAUGAAGAGUUAUCACAAUCAUCAAAGGAAGCGUAUGUGUAAGAGGAAACGGCUUUUGAAGAGGCGGAAUGAGGCUCACCAGCACAAAACAAGUGAUUGCUUGCAGAAGCAGCAGGGAAAGUAGCUCCUCGGGUGGCUGUAAAGGAUUUCCCCUUUGGAGAGGAGCCCAAGAUCCAGAAGGAGUAACAAUGAUCGAUGGGGAGAAACUACAUGCUGACACUGUAGAAGAAGUGGUCCCUAAGAAGCUAUAUUUGUAAUGACACUAGCAAAGGAUUUGUUAUAGUUUAACCUCAUCCUUCAAAGCUUAAUGUUGAAGCUAUUUCCAGUGUAAUGUUUUGUAUUGUAUGUGGUAUGGGUAGGGCCAGUGGUCUUUCUUUACUAUUAUAUCUGCUCAGCAAACGCAUUUUCUCUCCCGUUAUAAACCAAAUCAUAAGGGCGUGGAGUUUACUUGAUCUGGUCAUGUGGUUAGGAAAGACCCCUGGCCCUGGGCAUAGUACAUGUGUGUCAAUGCAAUGAAAAGACCAUUGAUGACAUGCUUGCAAGUUCUCAUGCCUGAUAGCAAGAAAACUGCCCGUGUUUCAUUCCCCCACUUCAGUCUAUAGAUCAUCUUCUACUUUGUAUAUAUUUAAUUGAAUAAAAGAUUGUCGAAUAUUGUAA